AUGCGGAGAAAUCGAAACACUCAAUAUGACAUGUACACUGAUGAUUACAAUCAUGCAAAGUUGUACAUUUGGAAUGCAUUCCUGAAGCUGAUUCUACUUUCAGCAUCUCAUUCGGGUGUGGUUCUCUCUUUCACUGAUCCCCAUGAUGCUGCUGUUCUCAUGUCAGUGAAACAACAGUGGGGAAACACACCACCAAGUUGGAAUGUUUCUGUUGAUCCUUGUGAAGGUUGGGAGGGAGUCGCCUGCGACAGCUCAUCACGAGUGGUUACGUUGAGCCUAUCUAGUAUGAAUUUUACAGGAACUCUUACUGAUGACAUCUCGGGACUCACUGAACUAACAUCCUUGAUCCUAACUGGAUGCCGCUUCAGGGGUGAGAUACCAAAUGAAUUGGGGACUCUUGUGAACUUAUCCUUCCUAGCGCUGAAUGAAAACAGCUUCAGUGGUGAAAUACCAGCUUCUUUAGGCAGUCUCUCGAAUCUAUAUUGGCUUGACUUGUCUGAUAAUCUGUUGUCCGGAGCUAUUCCUGUUUCGACAUCAACAACUCCAGGACUUGAUCUUCUUGUGAAGGCAAAACAUAUACAUUUAGGUAGAAAUAAUCUCUCUGGUACAACUCCUCCUCAACAUCUCAGCUCAGACAUGGUCCUGACACACUUGUUGUUGAAUGGAAAUAGACUAACUGGAGAAAUUCCAGCCUCAUUAGGAAAUAUUCAGACUCUGCAGGUGCUGGACUCUAAUGCUCUUGUUGGUGAAAUUCCAGAUCUAAACAGCCUCAUCAACCUAAACACACUGAUUUUAGGAAGCAAUUUGUUUUCUGGACCUUUACCGGACUUAAGUGGAAUGAAUGACCUCAAUUAUGUGGACUUGAGUGGAAAUGCUUUUCAACCAUCACAAGCUCCAGCUUGGUUCUCAACCUUAAAUUCACUGAACACUUUGUAUCUCAAGAACAAUUCGUUUAAUGGUACCUUAGACUUCGGUGACAACAUCAGCCAACAACUUCAAAGUGUUGAUUUGCAGAAUAGUGGGAUAACUUCUCUAGUUUUAAAUUCUGGAUACAACAAAUCUUUACUUUUGAGGGGCAACCCCAUAUGCCAAACUUCACAAAAUGUUACCGCUCGCUGGAAGAGCUAUACCGAGGCGAUGGCAAGCAACCGCGCCGCAAUCUCGGCCAACGGCGGUGGCGCCGGCGCCGCCGUGGACAAAGGUGUGGACUUUGCCAACUACUUCUGCACCUACGCCUAUUUGUACCACCAGAAAGAGAUGCUCUCCGACCGCGUUCGUAUGGACGCUUAUUUCAAUGCUGUUUUUAGGAACAAGCAUCACUUCCAGGGAAAGGCUGUUCUUGACGUAGGAACCGGGAGUGGCAUUUUGGCUAUAUGGUCGGCUCAAGCAGGUGCCAGGAAAGUUUAUGCUGUGGAAGCUACGAAGAUGGCUGAACAUGCCCGGGCACUUGUAAAGGCAAAUAAUCUUGAGGGUAUAGUUGAAGUGAUCGAAGGAUCUAUAGAGGAUAUUACACUACCAGAAAAAGUUGAUGUAAUCAUCUCGGAGUGGAUGGGAUACUUCCUUCUACGUGAAUCGAUGUUUGAUUCAGUAAUAUGUGCCCGUGACCGUUGGCUGAAGCCUGGUGGGCUUAUGUAUCCCAGCCAUGCUCGCAUGUGGGUGGCUCCUAUCAGGUCUAGAGUAGUGGAUCAGAAAAAGGAUGAUUAUGACCGAACCAUGGAGGACUGGUACAACUUUGUUGACGAGACCAAAGCCUCUUAUGGUGUUGACAUGAAUAUAUUUACAAAGCCUUUCAAAGAUGAACAGAGAAAAUACUACUUACAGACAUCCCUCUGGAACAACCUUCAUCCAGAACAAGUUAUUGGAGAUGCUGGAAUCAUUAAGGACAUAGAUUGCUCAACGGCAACAAUAGAUGAUAUCCGUAGUGUUCGUUCAAGCAUCUCUUCUUCGAUCACUGAAAAUAAUAGGUUCUGUGCAUAUGCUGGAUGGUUUGAUGUCCAUUUCCGAGGAAAUAAGCAGAAUCCUGCACGAGAGGAAAUCGAACUGACCACUGCGCCAAGUGAAGAGCAUGGCACCCACUGGGGCCAGCAGGUUUUCCUCAUACAUCCUCCUCUCAAUGUUGAGAAAGGAGACGCAUUAAUAAUUGAUGUGUCUAUGGAUCGCUCUCAAGAAAACCAUCGACUCAUGGAGGUCGAAUUUGGUUGUGAGAUUAGGCAUUGUUCUGGGAAGCUGCGUCCACCUUUGAAACACAAAUUCUAUAUAGAAUGA